AUGAAGUUUGGAGAGACCUUCAUGGAGUAUUUGCACGGAGAUCAAGAAGGGUGUUUGGAUAAAUGUGCUCAUGUUGAGUACAAACGACUCAAAAAAGUGUUAAAGAAAUGCAGAAGCCAAGGUUCACCAUCCGCUUCUUGCGAAAACCAGCAGCUACAAGGAGAUGAUGAAGCGAGUCCAAGGUUGUCUAAAUUGUGCCAAUGUGAAUCUUGCCCUUUGUGCGAUCAAAUGUUCUUUUCGGAGUUGAUGAGGGAAGCUUCAGAUAUAGCUGGAUGCUUCAGUUCCAGAGUUAGACAUCUCCUCCAUCUUCAUGUUGCCAGGGGAAUACAAAGAUACAAACUGCGUCUACGUCAAUGUUUCAUAAAUGAUCAGCAAACCAUGGUUGAAGAAGCGCGUAUGCUGAUUGAAUAUGUUACCAUGAAUGCAAUUGCUAUCCGUAAAAUUCUAAAGAAAUACGAUAAAGUACAUUGCUCUGUAAAUGGGAAGAAUUUCAAAUCCAAGAUGCAGGCUGAGCAUAUAGAGCUUUUGCAAUCACCUUGGCUAAUAGAGUUGGGAGCCCUUUUUUUGAAUUUUAAUGAAAUAGGUGGAAGAGAGUUUAGUGAGUUUUGCAGUCAGUUUUCCUGUGACCUCAAUGCUACAGAACCUGUUAUGACACUGAUGCUUCCAAACUCUACCAAAUUAGAAUACAGUCUGACUUGUGCCAUUUGCUUGGAGACAGUUUUCAAUCCAUAUGCUUUGAGUUGUGGUCAUCUUUUCUGCAAGUUGUGUGCUUGCUCAGCUGCUUCUGUGCUGAUGUUUGAAGGCCUUAAAACUGCUAGUUCAAAUGCAAAGUGCCCCAUCUGUAGAGAGGUUUGUAUGUCUCUAAAGCAUUUUGCGGUUUAUAAUUUGCUGCACUAG